AUGUCAUGUUCAAAAAUACUUUCAGGAGAUUUACCUGAAUUAACCUACGAAAUUAUAAAAUAUUUUCGAGAUGAUUACUCAACUUUACAUUCAUGCAUUUUAGUUAAUAGAUCAUGGUGUCGUUUAGCGAUUCCAUUAUUAUGGGAAAACCCAUUUUCAAUUUGUGCCGAAAAUUAUAAUUUUGUUGAAAUUUACAUUCAUAAUUUAAACGAUGAUUUGAAGAUAAAACUAAAUGAAUGUAAAAUUAUUGAUAAUAAUUCAUUACAUUUGAAUACACUGUUCAAUUAUCCUAGUUUUUUAAAAUAUUUGAAUAUAUACAAUUUUGUUCACUCCGUUAACGAAUGGUUUAAAGCUAAUACAAAACAUGAAGAUCAAUUAUGUUCAGUAUUUGAUUUUAUUAGUAUGUCACUGUUCGGGAUAUUUAUUGAAAAUGAAGUAAAUUUACAUACUCUUGAAAUUGAGGUCCAGAGUAGUUAUGACACAUAUAUUGAUAAUAUUGUUGAAUUUAUUUUAAAAAAUCCAAACUUCAUUCUCAAUAUUAGAAAUUUAAAACUUUAUAUUUUACUUAAUUAUGAUAACGAACAUUCUUCAGAUCGUAUAUUACAAAUAGUUAAUUUGCAUCAAAAUCUUAAAAAAAUUAUUUUAAAUAAUGAUUAUUUAUCUUUAUUACGAUCAUUAUUGCUAUCAAAAGAUUAUAAUUGUUCAAAUACCUUAAAUACAAUUGUAUUCUAUGAAAUCGAUUUUAAUUUUUUAAACUAUGAAAUAUUUGAACAAUUAAAUGUUUUAGAAUCUAUUCAUAUCAUUUAUUGUUCUUUGAGUAAUAAUUUUUUUCAUCAAAUUAUUAAUUUAUCUAAACAAUUUAAAUUAAAAUCUUUAUUUAUAAGAGAGAUACCACAAAUUGAUUCAAUAGAAUUAUUAUUACAAACAUCUGGACAUUAUUUAAGAAAUUUCGGGUAUAAUUUUGGAUUUUACCGUCAUAUAAAUAUAUCAUUAAGAAAUCAAUUAUUAGAAUUAAUUACAAAAUAUUGUAAAAAUAUUAAAUAUCUUUAUUUAAGCCAUGGUGAUGACAUGAAUAUUUAUCCAUUAUUCAAUUUUAUUGAAAAUAUGAAACAAAGUCUUGAUUAUCUUACGAUCGAUAUAUCAAGUUUUACUUAUCAUCCUUUGAAGCGUUAUUAUAGUGAAGCUAGUCAAAUUAUUUUACAAAAUUUAGGACAAGUUCUUCCUCCUAAAUUAGAAUAUUUAUGUUUAGAUCUUUUUUAUGUUGAAUCAAAUGAUUUCGAAGUAUUUCUAAAAAAUUCUCAAGAUACUUUUAUUAAUAAAUUAUUAAUUCGCAAGAUUAACAGUCAAGAUAUCUUACCCUAUAUAAAAGAAUACUAUAUCAUGAAAAAUAAAAGGGUUAAGUAUCUAUCUAUUUAUGAUCUUUCCUCGGUUGGUAGUAAAAGAGAUAUUGACCUAUUUUCAUUAAAAGAUGAAGUGAAGGAAUUUGGGUUGUAUAAUAUUAAAGUACAAAGUUACAAUAGUUCAGUGAUUUAUGAUCAUAUGAGAGUAAUUGAUUAA